AUGCAUGAUCGGCCUUCUUCGCAGAUGGGCGCAUUCUCAGCCGGAUUGCGCAGCGCAGGGCGUGUUCGCCAAGGCUCUGGAUCAGGAUGCCCUUGCGACGCUGCUGCGAUCGUGUGGGGCGUCCAAGAAUCUGGCCAAGGGCAGGCUCGCGCAUGGAUUCCUCGUAGCCGGAGAGCACAAGCACAACAGAUACCUCGCCAAUCUCGUCGUCCAGAUAACGGGCAUCUUGAUCGUGCGAAGGAGGUAUUUGAUUCUCUGGAGAGAAAGAACGUUGUGACGUGCACGACGAUGCUACAGCUCUACACUCAGCACGGGGAAUUCGAUCUUGCAGAGGAGCUUUUCGAGAGCAUGGCCGAUCGAAACACUGUGUCUUGGAACACAAUGAUCACCGCGUAUGCCCAGGCCGGGCAUUUGCAAUCUGCGAAGAAGAUGUUUGAUCGAGCGCUUGUCAGGGACGUUGUGUCGUGGAACGCAGUCGUCCAGGGCUUCUCGCAAAACGGAUCCCUGAGUGGCGCCCGGGAGAUCUUUGAGAGAAUGCCGCAGAGGAACACUGUGUCCUGGAAUCUCAUGAUCUCCGCAGUGGCUGCUCACGGCGAGGGGAAUUAUCUAGAAGAGAUGAAGUGUCUGUUUGAUCAGAUGGAAGAGACGGACGCGCUGUCGUGGAAUCCUUUGAUCCAAGCUUAUGCUCAGAAUGGGGAUAUCGAUCAAGCUUGUCAACUUUUCGAUGAUAUGCCCGAGCGAGACGUGACUUCCUGGAACAUUAUGAUCCAAUCGUUCGUUGAAAAUGGGAUGGCAAAAGAGGCCGAGUUUGCCUUCCAGAAAAUGCCCGAGCAAGACGUGGUUUCCUGCACUGCGAUGCUCGCUUCGUUUGCCAAGUCUGGGAAUCUCAACAAGCUCCAUGCCACCUUUCGGAGCAUGCCGGAGAGAAACACAGUAACUUGGAACGCUUUUCUACAAGGAUACUGCGAAAACAACCGUCUUCAGGAGGCUCUGAAGGUGUUUAAGAGAAUGCCCGAGUGGACUACUGCGUCGUGGAACUCGAUGAUCCCAACUUAUGCCCAAUCUGGGCAUCUUGACAAGGCCAAGUCAACGUUUGAGUCUAUGCCUGACCUGGACAUCGCUUCUUGGACUGCGCUUGUCAAAGCUCUGGGUCACACGGGACAUGGAUCUGAGGCGCUGGAGGUAUUUCGAAAGAUGAUCCUGGAGGGCCACACUCCAAACGAGAUAUCCUUUGUGAAUGCUCUCUCGGCUUGCAGCCACGGUGGUCUGCUGGAGGAAGGAAUCGAGCUCUUCCAGUCGAUGCAAAGCGACCAUGGAAUCAAGGCGAUGAGGGAGCACUACUGCGCCGUGAUCGAUGUUCUUGGGCGAGCUGGGCGUGUGGAGAGUGCCGAGGAGCUCAUCCUCGACAUGCCAUUUUCUCCAGAUGCGAUUGCUUGGGGGUCGCUACUGGGCGCUUGCAAGCUCCACCGCGAUGUUGUUCGCGGAGAGAAUGCCGCAGAGAGACUCCUGGCUAUGGAUCCUCACAACUCAGUGCCGUACCUCCUGCUCGAGGAGAUUUAUACAAGCGUUGGGAGGAAGAAAGACGUUGCCAAGCUCAAGAGGGUUAUGAAGUCGAAAGGAUUGAUCAAAGAUGCAUAG